GGGCUCAGUACCCAUAGGUCCCGGGUAAUGUGUGGACGCUGCGGUGCUGUCAGGAUUACCGGGGUUGCGAAAUCGAGGAGCGUCUGCCCGACCCCACCCGUGGCUGUCCUCCCUGGCACUGUGUAGAAUACAGAGCCUUUGAGAAGCAGUUCGCCUUGAAUCAAGGCAGGCAGCGUUCAGGGUUCAGCUCUCCGUGACCUCACGCCUCGCGGCUGACCCACCUUUCACGUGUCCAGAGAGGGAGGAGGCUGGGAAGGAGAAGGAAUGCUGUUCUUGGAAGCAAGGAUCUUCCAGGAUAACAAAUGUUUCAACUCUUGCGAUGACGAUGACGGGAUGCAGCCCUGUAUUUGCAAUGCAUCACGUGGCGGGUGUACCCCGUAUACUGGUACGGAGAACCUUCCUUGGAACGGACUUUGUCAUGACAAGAACUCUGUGCAGUCCAGGUCCCAGCCAGCCUAGAGAGAAGCAACCGGAAGUUGCAGCCGUAGGGCUGUCUCACCGCCUCCCAGAAUUGGGAAGAACACUGAGCCACACGGUGCGGCAUCGAGCAGCCUCUACAGCCAAGGCUUGGUGGGACAGAUACGAAGAGUUCGUGGGACUCAAUGAAGUUCGGGAGGCCCAGGGAAAUGUGACAGAGGCGGAGAAAGUGUUCAUGGUGGCACGUGGUCUUGUUCGAGAAGCUCGGGAGGGUUUAGAAGCUCAGCAGACUAAGCUGAAGGAGGUGAGGGACCGCUUGGACCGAGUCUCCAGGGAGGACAACCAGUACCUGGAACUGGCUACUUUGGAACACAGGAUGCUACAGGAAGAGAAGAGGCUCCGAAUAGCAUAUCUGCGUGCAGAAGACUCAGAGCGAGAGAAGUUCUCUCUCUUCUCUGCAGCUGUGCGGGAGAGUCAUGAGAAAGAGCGUACAAGGGCUGAGAGGACCAAGAACUGGUCCCUCAUUGGGUCAGUUCUAGGAGCUCUGAUAGGUGUGGCCGGUUCCACCUACGUUAACCGCGUCCGGCUACAAGAGCUGAAGGCCUUGCUCCUGGAAGCACAGAAAGGGCCUGCGAGUCUCCAGGAGGCCAUCCGUGAACAGGCAUCUAGCUAUUCCCUCCAGCAGAAAGACCUGCAGGACCUUAUGGUGGAUCUGAGGGGCCUGGUGCACGUCGGGCAGGGCCAGGGCUCUGCGUCACCAACAGGUCCUCCUUCUACCCGAGGAAAAGACAUAGAUGGCCUCUCAGCCGCCAUGAAAGAGCAGCUCAGUCAUUCCCGGCAGGUCUAUUCCUGCCUAGAGGGUUUACGAGAGCAGCUUGAUGGCCUGGAAAAGACUUGCAGCCAAAUGGCUGGGGUGGUUCAGCUCGCAACGGCUCCGGCACAUCCAGGCAUGGUGGGGCCAGUGGAAGGGGCCCUGCCCAGCUCCUUGCUGGAACACGGGAGUGUGAUCUUGGCCCUGUCAGAGAUGGAGCAGAGGCUAGAAGCCCAGGCUAAUAGGAACACUCUCUCUAGCACUCUGGUCACCUGUGUGACUUUUAUGGCCACAUUGCCUUUGCUCUACAUGCUGUUCAAGGCCAGUUAGCCCUGGGGUCCUUCUUCAAAGGGGCCGAAGGGUGAAUAUAGCUUUUGUUGGUGAUAUAAUGAAUCUCGAGGUACACGCAGCCUCAGCCUGACUCUGAAUACCAUCUGAGGUGCUCACCAACAGGUAUAUUUUAUUGUGUAGGUAAUACCUAUUUACAUGAAUUACUGAAACUUUGUGCAAAUGUCCAAUUAAAAUAUCUAAGAAUUUGUAUUAUUUUAAAGAUC